AUGAUGGUGCUUAUGAGUUGUGAUUAAUAAAAUCACCAGCAUUUUAAACAACCAGAGUAGCAGAUUUCUGAUUUAAUGUUUCUCCUCCAAUAUGGAAGUUAAUUUAAUGGUAAUUAGUGACUCAAAAAAUUACAAUAUUUCUAUCAUAAUUAGAUCUAACCUGUCAAAAACAACUGGAUUCAUUUCUACAACCAGAAGAGUUCAUAAACAUUUAAGGUUAACAUUGGAGUGAGCUUGAGAAAUCUGGUCUCACAAUCAUGAAAAAUUUCUUUUCUCUUAGAUCUUCCAACAUUUUACUUGUUCUUGUUCUGGUUUUGAGCGACGCCCUUCACACUUUCGCAGCAGAAGAAGAUAGACAGGUAUACAUUGUGUACAUGGGAAAUCUUGUUGAAAAAGAUCGGUCUCUUUCAUCGUACCAUUUUAACAUGCUUCAACAAGUUGUUGACAGCAGGUUUUUGAGACAAUCCUUAGUUAGAAGUUACACAAGAAGUUUCAACGGGUUUGCAGCCUAUCUCACGGCUCAAGAACACGAAAAGUUGGCCAGUCAUGAAGGAAUAGUAUCAAUUUUUCCAAGUUCAAGUUUUUACCCCGAAACUACAAGAUCUUGGGAUUUCAUGGGAUUUCAUAAAAAUGUUCACCGGAAUCCCACAGUCGAGAGUGACACAAUUAUUGGUGUCAUCGACACUGGAAUUUGGCCAGAGUCGGAGAGUUUCAGUGACAAAGGCUUCAGCCUUCUUCCUAAGAAAUGGAAAGGUGCUUGCAAGGGUGGAAAGAACUUCACCUGCAACAACAAACUGAUAGGGGCUCGUCACUAUAACUCGCUGCCUCUACCCGAUGAUUCUUCUAGAGACGUAGUGGGCCAUGGCACUCACACCGCUUCGAUAGCAGCAGGAAACUACGUAAAACAUGCUAGUUUCUAUGGAAUUGCCAGAGGAACAGCCAGAGGAGGGGUUCCCUCAUCAAGAGUUGCAGUAUACAAAGUUUGUCAUCCUGAUGGCUGCCAAUCAGAAGAUAUACUAGCUGCAUUCGAUGAUGCCAUAGCUGAUGGAGUUGAUAUCAUCACAAUCUCCAUAGGGGCUCAAACAGCAUCUCAACUGAUGAAUGAUCCCAUUUCAGUUGGCGCUCUUCAUGCAUCACUAAAGGGCAUUUUAGUGGUGCAAUCUGCAGGGAACACAGGGUCGAAGAAAUCAACUUCCAGCAUUGUCCCAUGGAUUUUCUCAGUUGCCGCAAGCAGUACUGAUAGGGGGAUCAUCACCAAAGUUGUUCUUGAAAAUGGGAGUGUAUUGACAGGAAAGGAAGUGAAUGCCUUCAGCUUGAAGCAGAAUAGUCACUCCUUAGUAUCCGGGCAAGACGUCACAGGAAACUGUGACAAAGAAGUGGCAAAGUACUGUUAUCCAGGGUGUUUAGAGCCUAGUUUAGUGAAGGGAAAAAUCGUCGUCUGCUACUCCAACAUAGGCAUAGGGGAAGCCUUCAUUGCACGAGCUAUUGGAUCAGUUGCCUUGUCUGAUAUUUGUGAUGAUGUUUCCACAGUUGUUCCUAUUGCAGCCUCCAGUUUACAGGAGCGUGACUUUCACGUCGUCCAGAGCUACCUCAACUCCACAAAAUUCCCAAAAGUGGAAAUAAUGACUAGUGAAUCAGUGAAAAAUCAUGAUGCCCCUCUAGUUGCUAGCUUUUCCUCAAGAGGUCCAAAUAUCAUCAUCCCAGAUAUUUUAAAGCCAGAUGUAACAGCACCUGGAACCGAAAUCCUGGCUGCUUUUUCACCUCUGGCGUCGCCAUCAGAUGCCUAUGGAGACGAUAGAUCUGUCAACUACAACAUACUUUCUGGAACAUCGAUGUCUUCCCCUCACGUUGCUGGAGUAGCUGCUUAUCUAAAAUCAUUGCAUCCUAGCUGGUCCCCUUCAGCAAUUAAAUCAGCUCUUAUGACAACUGCUUGGAAUAUGGAUGCCACAAAAGAUCCACUAGCAGAAUUCUCGUAUGGCGCUGGGCAUAUUGAUCCAGUGAGAGCGGCAGAUGCAGGCCUCGUUUAUGAAACAGUCGCGGAGGAUUAUGUCAAGAUGCUGUGCAGUUUGGGUUACAAAACUGCAAAACUGAGAAAGAUAUUUGGAGUGAACAGCAGCUGCCUAACUGGAGGGCUGAUUACGCCAAAGGAUCUUAACUACCCUUCCAUGACUGCCUGUGUUAAGGCUAAUGGUAACAAAGUUGUGACCUUUUCUGAGAAAUUCACAAGAGUAGUUACAAAUGUUGGACCUGGGAAUUCAACGUACAAGGUGACAACGACUAAAAGCUCAGACUACGUCGUUUCAGUGGAGCCUAGCAUCCUUACAUUUGGAGCUACAAACGAGAAGAAAUCAUUUGAAGUGGUCAUUAGUGGGAAGACUAAUGUGAAAAUGGUAUCAGCCUCUUUGGAAUGGUCUGACGGUGUUCACAGAGUCCGGAGUCCAGUUGUUCUAUAUACGGACGAUUUAUAGCUCCACUUGUCCAUUAUCAAGGAAACUCGCUGCUCUCUGGAUUCACUUUAUAGAUUAUUCAUUAUGAAAACUAAAGAUAGCCAAAUUUCUUGUAUUAACAACAUCACAGGUUAUAUUGAAGUUUCCACUUUCACUUAGGAAAACUGAUUCAUGUUUUAGAGUGAAGCCCUAAGAAAAAUCUAAGCCUGAAAAUGUUAAUAUAUUUACUCAAUAUGCCUAUGCAGUCAAACUCUCCAAACUGAUUUCUAAAAGAUUAUUUUUGGGAAUGACUAGGAAAGAUAAAUUCAAUAUUUUGGCAUAAAUCAGCCAACCAUGGUUGUUGUUUAAUUUCUUGAUCAUCGCUUCAAGUCAAACAUAAUUAAUUAUAUUUGCAACUUUUCGUUACACAUCACCUGUGAAAUCCAGAUCUUCACAAUCUGAAUUCUAGAUGUAGCUUGUAAUCAAGUCAUAAUGAUCUCAAUGAGAUUUUGCAACUAAAAGGAGUAGUGUGGCUUCUGAUAAAAGCAGUGUGGAAGCAAUCUGAACUCAUAUUCCAAUAAUCAGGUAAAAAUACAAAGCUAACUCAUAUUCCAUAUGAAUUCAGUAUUUCGUAUCAAUCAUCUUACCAUGCCUCCAUUCUCUUCUUCAAACAUUUAUCUUUUGCUAGUUUUCUGUUUUGUGGCUCUGAUAAGGGAUUGUCUUAGUUUAGAAGAAGAAAGAAAUGCAUGCUUCUUUAAUCUUUGUUUUGUUAUGUUAAGUGGUUGCUAAUUCAACCAAACCACGUUUAUUUAUGCACUAAUCCAGUUCAUUUUUGUUCACCAAACUAGGUAUACAUAAUACACCUGAGAAGUGGUGCUAAAACUGGUCAGUCGCCUUCAUCGUCCCAUUUAAUUUCCACCUACUUCAAGAGUUUGUGGAUAGCAGGUAAUAUAUUGAAUUGGUGUUCAAGUGCAGAGCUUUUUUUUUCAAGAAAAGUGAUGAAAUGUG